UUGCUCAUGUAUAAAAUUCAAAAAAAGUUUUAAAAAUAAAGCAUCUCUCUUCCUUUCCUGUAGAACUUAAUUUUACAGAAACACCAGAAUAAUGUGUUCCCCGUGUGGACCAAUGGUUUGCUACAAAUAUGAAGACUGCGGGCCAGCGAAAGAACGAUCUGCUGAUGCUGAUCUCAGAUUAGAGGAGAGCGCGACAGAAAAAAAGGAAGCAAAAGAGAAUCAACUCAAGAGGAUAAAGAGCCGAGAGCUCCGUGGUGGAAUUAUGUAUUACAGUUGUCAUUGUAUAAAGCGUAAUGGUCUUCAACAUGAUUGCCGGCGCACCGGUUGUGGUGGAGAACCAUCGUGUCUCGUAUUACCGGACCCUUUGUGCGCACCGAGUCAAUUAGCACGAGCUCGCGGACUUGCAGAUCCAGAACCACUAGCGGUACAUUUUCGAACUCAAGCACUUGGUUCAGAAAGCUUGGCGGAUUCCAGUAACGGAGCUGGCACUGGCCAGAGAUUCAUAGUGUGUGAACUCAAAGGCAUUGCUCCGGACACUUCAACAAACAAAAGGGACGGCGGGCAGUGCUGUAAGUGUGUCUCACCAGUAAAUUAUCAUUCUAUAACCGAUAGCUCUGCGUAUAAAGGUUGUAUUCGCACACCAAUUGCUGCACCUACAGCAGAAACUACCAGUACACUGUGUAACUGUUUAUGUAGCAUCAAACAAUCAAAAGAUAGCAUAAGCCCAAUGUUAUUGUUUGACGAGAAAACCUUCUAUACGAUUAUUAACAAAUUUGAGGAUAAAGAAUUAGCGCCAAGCGACGUAAUUGUUGGGCCGAGAAAAGUAAAAAUGGCGGAAGUUAAGGAAGAGCCGUGUACUAGGCUGGGCUGCGUACACUGGAAACCACCGCCACUUUGUGUAUGGGAUGCCCCUUGCAAAGCUGAUUGUUUUGAAACUCCGCCAGGUAUUCAACCUAGCCGAAAUCAAUUUAACAGCAGCGGCGGCUCCAGAAUACCCAGCAUGCCAUUUGGUGAAAACUUUGGUAAAAAAUGUGUAAUGCUUACUCCACUUUGAUUCAUAUUC